UCGUCGGCCCGCUGCAGCUGUAUUUUAAUCAUACAGCGGUGAACCACCAUCACUCAGGAUGGACUCCAGACCUCCCAACCUGCUGUUGCUGCUGCUUCUCACCAGCCUCCUGCACUUCGACACAGCACAGUGUGCCACAGGAGAGUCAUCAUACAUUAUAGAUGCCGUUGGCCUUACAAUCCUACCUAACAAGACCGUUGAGAGUGGGACACCGGUUACCAUACGCUGCCAGGUCAAAGUGAGUCAUACCAACAUCCCAAACCUGACACACGCUUUCCAGCUUAAACGGAACGACGUUGUCAUCCACUCCUCUACCACCAUAGAAGACUCAGUUGUAUAUGAACUCAACCCAGCCAGGGCAGCCGACUCUGGAAGUUACGACUGUCGGGUCACAGUCAAAGACAAGAGCAGAGCCAGCUCCAUCCAGAAACUUGACGUCAUAGGCCUGCAGACCCCCAUCCUGUAUCUGAAUAAGACUACAUUCUAUGAGGGUGAUGACUUCAUAGCCACCUGCGGUGCUCCGGAGGAGAAGGGAUCCCUCAUGUUCCGUUUUUUCCAAAGAUUUGGAAACAAAAAACCUGAGAAUAUGAAGCAGUUAGCACCGACUGGGAACUCAUCAGAAACCACGCUGGUCCUGAGACACGCUGGAAACUACUCCCUGUACUGCGACUAUGUGAUCCAUUUGGUUUCUGGGACCAGCCACUCCGACCACAGCAACGAGAUUCAAGUGGAAGUUGAAGGAGUCCAAAUUUCCCCAUCCAUGAAUGUGCUGCCCUCUGCUAAUGUCACUGAGGGUGACGUAAUGGAGGUGGUCUGCAAAGUGAACACUUCACAGGAGAAGGUUGAAGUAUUCCUGACGAAGAACAGCAAGGUCCUCAAGAAAGCCCGAGUCAGCCUUAAUCAUCGAUUUAUAGCAGAGGACUCUGGGAAGCUUGUGUGUAAGGCGGAGAGGGGCAAUGUGCAGAAAGAAACCUAUAAGGAAAUCACAGUCCAAGAGCUGUUUUCAAAGCCACGCUUGACUUUGGAGCCUGUUGACCUAUUUGUGGGAGACCACUUCAAACUGACCUGCUCUGUCUCUGUCUACUUUCCUGAGAGGAUCAGGAAUGACACAAUGCAGUUCUCCAUCUACAAAGACAACAACAGGCUCACCACUUCGCAGACAUUCAUUAAUAUAUCACACCCUGAUAGAAAUGGCAACUACACCUGUCGAGCCCAGACUACUUCUCUUACACACAAUAUCGUAAAAGAAAGCCAAACGCUUGUUGUUAAAGCCAAAAUUCCUGUUUCAAAACCCGUGCUGAGCGUGGUGGGGGGUACGCUGGUGUUGGGAAAGAGCUUCCAGCUACUCUGUCACAGUGACAAUGGCACUUUGCCCAUCACAUACACCCUAUUCUAUUCUGACAAGUCUAAGGUGUUUAUGGUGGUGAGCAACCCUGGAGAACAAGCCAUCUUUAACUCCUCAGCCAUUUUGGAGAGGUCAGAGUUAAACAAGUUUAUUUGCCACGCGAAAAACGGUCAAAACAGGCCUCCUGCAGUAGGAUCAGUGCAGCAGCUGCUCCAUUCAAUCAACAUCAUAGAGCCUGUGUCAAGACCAGAGUUGACCAUUGUCCCCAGCAUGGGGGAAGUGUCUGAGGGUCAGGAUGCAACUCUCACCUGCUCUGUUAAUAAAGGCACUCCUCCCAUCAUCUUCACCUGGUACCACACUGAGAUGAAGGGUGCUCUCGAUUUGCAGACCUCCAAGACGCUUGAAGGAUCCUACUUCAUACAAAAUGUCAGGGGAGAGCACAAAGGAGGAUACUACUGUGUGAGCACCAACCUAGCCAACGAAACCAAACAGAGUUACACUGUCAUGAUUAGAGUGAAGAUGGCCGGCUGGAAAAAAGGUCUUAUUGCAGUCCUCUGCAUCCUGCUCAUACUGGCCUUGUUCCUUGUUAUCGCCAUUAAAACACGUUUCCUUCAAUUUAAAAGGAAAACUGCAAAGAAGCUGUCAGUGAAGUCAGCCAGCACCAAAGUGGAGCGGCUGAGCCUCACCCAGGCAGAGGUCAAUGAGGCUGCAAACGUCACACCAGGCAUGAUCGGAAAAAGUGUUUGGAGUGAACAUGUGUCAGGCUCCGAGUCCGAUGACCAGAACAGUGUGACUGCUACAGAACCUCAGUACAAAGAGGUGAAGACCAGACAGGCAGAUCCGAACGGAGCUCCAGUGGAGACGGGCACAGACACUGUGUACAGCGAAGUGAGGAACUCCAAGCAAGGUGUUCCAGAGCAGGCUGAUGGUCAGGGGUCAGUAGAAUACGCGCAGCUGAAUCAUGAUACGGAUCACCAUGGCGACCAUGGUGAGCACACCGACCACUCUGUCCAAGAUGACCACAUAGAUGUGAUUGACAACAGUGUUGACACCAACACUGCUGACCAUGGGGAAUGAAAACAUGACCCAAAGCCAGACUGAUAACUGACCAACAAGAAUAUUUAUUCCCUUAUUUAUCCAGCUCCGUAAUGCAGCUGGAGUCUUUUGUGCUGAAAGUCCUUAAACAGCCCUGAGCAAUUACAGUAUGUACUUUUGGUAUUUUUGUAACACUCUGCAAAGAACACUCCACACUGUAAAUUCACUUGCUUUGCCUUUGAAGAGCAAAUAAAAUGUUUUUGUUAA